AUGCCUAACAUUGUGGUGAUAAGGGACAUUAUAGAACCGCAAUUGAUUAGCAGUAGAGGUUUCGACUGCGAGAAUCAUACGGUAACCACAGAUGAUGGAUAUAUUCUGGGAAUAUUCCGGAUCGUCAACAACAAGUGGAAGGGAGACACUAAACCUAUACUCUUGUGGCACGGAUUGGGCGCCAGUUCUGACUUAUGGCUCGUUUUAAAUGACGGACAGUUGUCUCGGGACGGCAUUUAUAGCGAGCAAAACGGAUCAGUUGUGAACAAUUGUCACAAAGAAUUGACAUCUAAUAUAGCGUUUACAUUGUCUGCCUGUGGUUAUGAUGUCUGGUUAGGCAAUAGUAGAGGCACUCGUUACUCAAAUACACAUAUUGAUCCUGAUAUGGACAACUUCUGGAACUACACGUUAACAGAACUGGGUGUUUACGAUGUUAAGAAUACCAUUGAAUAUAUACUCAAACAGACAAAUAAAGCCUCACUUCCAUAUAUUGGUCACUCUAUGGGCUCUACAAUUAUGUUUGUCUUACUUUCAUUGGAACCAGAUUUCCAAAGAUAUAUCAAACCAUUCCUAGCAUUUGCACCGAUAGUGUUCAUGGGUAACACCGGAUCCAUAAUCCGAUUGUUAACUCCAUUGGUCUCACUAUUAAGUUUUCUAGUCAUACCUCUGGGUCUACCCCAAGAAUUGGCGCAAUUCAUCGCACAGUUUAUUUGUGCCAAUGCUGUCACUCAACCCAUUUGUGCCGCACUUAUGUAUUCGUACGAAGGCUUCAAUCCAUUUCUCCAGUGGCCGGUGCUUAUUUUGCAGAAUUCAAUACCAGUGACAAUAGCAAAAUCGUUAGAAUUGAGUUCAUCCAAAAUAUUCCUACAAUACGGACAGUUUAUUCUGGACGACAGGUUUCAUAAGUUUGAUUACGGACCCAUUCAGAACAUACAAGUAUAUGGACAGCCUAUGGCACCCGACUAUCCACUCGAUAAAAUCGCUUCAAAUUAUAUUGGACUCUAUAAGGGGAGCAACGAUUUAUUAUCCGAUUUAACGGAUGUUAAUAAAUUAGUUUCCAGACUAAAAGUUCCUUUAGUGGACAACUAUUUGGUUCCCUAUCCACUCUGGAAUCAUGGUGACCCUGUUACUUCUAUGUUUGACAACUUUUUUCUUAAUGGACAGCCACAAUUAAUUGAAAGCAGAGGUUUUAAGUGUGAAAAACAUUUAGUAACCACUGAUGACGGCUAUAAUAUCGGAGUAUUUCGCAUAAUUAACCCUAAAUGGAGGGGCGAUACGAAACCAAUACUACUGUGGCAUAUGUUGUCUUUCAGUUCAGACGUGUGGCUCUUCUCAAGUCCGGGACAGUUGUCUCCCGAAGGCAUUUAUAGCGAACAAAACGGAUCUCUUGUUAACAAUUGUGGCACUCGUUUGACAUCAAAUAUAGCGUUCACAUUGUCUUCUUGUGGUUAUGAUGUCUGGUUAGGCAAUACUCGCGGCAAUCAAUACUCAAACACUCAUCAAAAUCCCUCUUUCAAUAAUCUGUGGAACUAUACGUUCACUGAAGUCGACUCGAUUGCAUAUAUCGGGCAUUCAAUGGGAACUACGGCUAUGUUUGUCUUACUCUCAUUAAUACCAAAAUUCCAACGACAUGUUAAACCGUUCAUA